UUAAUCCCCCACAAGUAUGUUACCAAUAUUACUUAAUAGAUUUGGCAUAAAUGUUUUAGACAUUCUUAAAACUAUGCACUUAGUAUUUAAAUUAAGGAUAAUUACACUUUUUUUUUAACCAACACGUUCAAAUACAAUCAAUAAACUAAUGAUAUUUAUUGAAAAAGUUAUGCCAUUCAGAGUGAUCUCACUCAAUUAAAGAAUAAUUAAUUGCCAUAGAAGAAGCACUUGCACUGUAACAAAACAAAACAAAAAAACUGAUAAAAACACCUUGGAUCAACUCAAAGUCAUAACACAACAUAGGAUUUGCUUUUAAACCACGUCGUCAACUCAACUCGGGGUAACCAACUCGGACGAGUCAGACAGGCUCGGUGUGGUUUAAAAGCAGGACCAAGUAGGAAGUAGUUCAUUUCAUUCCAUGCCCCGCGAAUUUACCUUGUUGUGUGGUACACUUGAGACAUCAAAACCAGGCCUUGGCAUUUGACGUUCCCACCACUUGCUCAAAGGAUGGAUAUAAUGCAGCAGAAUGACAAUAGUAAUUUAACUGAACAUGCAUGUAAUAGUCCUCCAAGUUCACCUGAUAUAAGCAAUUUAGUUGGAGCUCCACAGCUGAAUCCUCGAGUUGGUGAUGAAUACCAGGUGGAAGUUCCUUCCCUAAUAAAAGAAUCAGAACGAGUUCAGCUUCUAAGGAAUCCUGCUGAGUCAGAAGUUGGGCUUGACAACUCACUUUCAUUUGCAAUUGGUUUACCCAUCUCUGUCACAUGGAUACAUAAUGCAAAGGAGAGUAGUGAAAAUGAAGGGUGGGGAUAUAUUGGAGACAAUGCAGAUGAACUCAAACCAACCACAUUUCAAUCUGAGAUGACAGGAGUCAGCAAUUCAGCUGAACUGGGUGAAAGCAAAAAUUUUGCAUUGGUUCCUGCCAUAUUAGGCAGCUCCUGGAGUGAUUCUGAUGCAGAAGUUUUUCUCCUUGGCUUGUAUAUUUUUGGGAAAAAUUUCAUUCAAAUACAAAGAUUCUUAGAGAACAAGGGGAUGGGGGAAAUACUUGCAUUUUACUAUGGAAAGUUUUACAAAUCUGAUGAAUAUCGUAGAUGGGCAGACUGUAGGAAGUUAAAAGGAAGAAAGUCUGCAAUUGGACAGAAACUUUUCACUGGUCGCAGGCAACAAGAAUUACUGUCCCGCUUGAUUCCCCAUGUCUCGGGAGAAUCUAAAGAUACUCUGUUACAGGUUUCUAAGUCAUAUACUGAGGGCAGAGCUUCUUUGGAAGAAUACAUAUCUUGUAUAAAAUCCACUGUUGGACUUGGUAUUCUUGUGGGGGCAGUUGGUAUUGGCAAGGAGAAGGAUGACCUUACUACUCUUGUUCUGGAACCUGUGAAGAACAAUAAGGUGUUUUCAGUGCCAACGUGCAAGGCUUGGUCUUCUCUUGGACCAAAUGAUAUAUUGAAAUUUUUAACAGGUUUUCGACUGAGCAAGGCUAGAAGUAAUGAUCUCUUUUGGGAAGCUGUUUGGCCUCGCUUACUGGCAAGAGGGUGGCACUCUGAGCAACCAAAAUAUAGAAGUUAUGUGAGCUCCAAAGAUUAUCUGGUUUUUCUUAUCCCAGGUGUUAAGACCUUUUCAAGGAGAAAACUUGUGAAAGGUGAUCAUUACUUUGAUUCUGUUAGUGAUGUCUUGAGAAAAGUGGUAGCUGAACCGAAUCUUCUUGAUCUUGAAGAAGCUAAAGUUGGUAGCUGUGAUGAUGAAGAGCCAGAAAGGGGGUCGAAUGAGGAUGGUGAUUCUGAUUACCGUCAUCAAUGUUACCUCAAGCCGCGAGCUUCAACUUACAAUACAGAUCAGAUAAAAUUCACGGUUAUUGAUACCAGUUUGGUGCAUGGAGGGAAACCAUCUGAUUUAAGAGAAUUUAAACCUGUACCUGUUAAUUCAGUGGCUGAAGUUGAGGUCAAUGUUGCUGAUACACAUGAAGAGGCCAAACAUAUGAGUAAAGUAAACCAUAACAAGAACAUUUCUGAAAACAUUGAUCAAAAGUUGGCUGGUACUGAUGUACUUUGUGAAGGAAAGUUAUUGGUGAGAGAACUGCAAUAUCUGCCAAUUGAAGAGGAAGAUGCAUCUAAGGUGCUUGGUUUUUUAAGAGAAAGUAAGGAUAGCUCCUGUGAUGAUUCGCCAAGUGUAAUGGAAGCUAGUAUGCUGGUAUAUGGCAAAAUGAAAAUUGGUAAUACUGAUAACCAAAAUAAUGCUAAGAAAAUGGUCCAAAGCUUGGAAAAUAAGAAGACCUCCGUGUCUAAUGAUAAUCAGCUAAAAAGGACUAUAAAGCAUCAGUGUAGUCGAAGAGCAAGACCAGGUAAUUCCAACCAUGCAGUUGUUCCCGCCAAGAGGAGGAGAUUGGCUGCAUGUUCCAAGGCAGAGACAAACCACAUCAUCAAGAAUUCUUCAGGAGACUCAGGAUCAGAAAAAAGGGCUUUAUCCCACACAAAGGUUGAUGAUCCUUUUACCUGUCAGAAGAAUGGAAAUUCAAUUCCUUCUUCAGAUGAAAAAAGUCUGGAAAAGAAUAACAAAGAAAGCAUUCUCAAUGAAAUUUGUGAGUACAGGAGUUCAGGUGAUAAAGUUGAGAAAGAUGAUUCAGUCACCUUCAACAUACCCCAAGCUCCUUUGAAGUCUGAAAUUGGUGUGGUGAUGGUAAUGUUGGAGGAAGAUAAGCAGAGCCUGAAGGCAGAUGAUCCAUGUUUCUUAUCUGACACUCAAGGGGUAAUUGAGGAGCCACUGGGAGCCUUUUCUGAUGUUGGUUCUGUGGAACAGCAGCCUAGUAUAACUUCCAGGAGGCAGAGCACAAGAAACCGACCAUUAUCAGUUAGAGCGCUUGAAUCUCUAGCAAAUGAAUUCUUGUAUGGAGAAAGAAGACAGAAAAAGAAACUUGUCCCAACACAAACUGAUUCAUUUGCUAUUUGCCGCAAGGCUCGUACAAGAAGCAAAACCGUGCCUCACAAUCAGAGUUCAGAUAAUGGGACUGCAGUUUUAGUAGAAGAAAAGCAGUUGAAUGGCAGCAGCACUGCUUAGGAAAUAUCUAUGAACCAUUAGAUUAAGUUAAGAGUAGUAAUCCAUUAUACCAGGUAUCUUUGAAGGUACCUGUCAUCAUCAAGUUUUGACUUCCAGAAACGAAUUGAUUUGAAAAAGUGCAGAUGAUUCUCCCGUCUUACUUGCAAAUUAUAUUCUAAAGCUGCCGGAGUGGUUAUACAUUCACAUACUGUACAAAAUUUUUCCAUACUAAAAAGAAUGUUGAUGAGAUCAGUUUUGUUUGUUUGUUUAUACUAGAAAGAUCCCAACCUUAUGAUUGGCUAUGAAGUUGCAAGUAAACUUCUCUUAA